AUGAUUGUGGCUCCUGUUGCCGCUUCUGCUCCAGUGAUCGCGGCUCCUGUUGCCACUCCUGCUCCAGUGCUAGCAGCUCCUGUUACCAUUUCUGCUCCAGUGAUAGUGGCCCCUGUCACCGCUCCUGCUCCAGUGAUCGUGGCUCCUGUCACCGCUCCUGCUCCAGUGAUAGUGGCUCCUGUCACCGCUCCUGCUCCAGUGAUCGUGGCUCCUGUCACCGCUCCUGCUCCAGUGAUCGCGGCUCCUGUCACCGCUCCUGCUCCAGUAAUCACGGCUCCUGUCACCUCUCCUGCUCCAGUGAUCGCGGCUUUUGUGACCGCUCCUGCUCCAGUGAUCGCGGCUUUUGUGACCACUCCUGCUCCAGUAAUAACGGCUCCUGUCACCGCUCCUGCUCCAGUGAUCACGGCUUUUGUGACCGCUCCUGCUCCAGUGAUAACGGCUCCUGUCACCGCUCCUGCUCCAGUGAUCGCGGCUCCUGUCACCGCUCCUGCUCCAGUGAUCGCGGCUUCUGUCACCGCUCCUGCUCCAGUGAUCGCGGUUCCUGUUGCCACUCCUACUCCAGUGAUCGCAGCUCCUGUCACCGCUCCUGCUCCACUGAUCGCAGCUUCUGUCACCGCUCCUGCUCCAGUGAUCGCGGCUCCUGACACCGCUCCUGCCCCAGUGAUCGCGGCUCCUGUCACUGCUCCUGCUCCAGUGAUCACGGCUUCUGUCGCCGCUCCUGCUCCAGUGAUAGCGACUCCUGUUGCUGCUCCUGCUCCAUUGAAAGUGGCUCCUGUUGCCGCUCCUGCUCCAGUGCUAGCAGCUCCUGUCACCACUCCUGCUCCAGUUAUAGUGGCUCCUGUUGCCGCUCCUGCUCCAGUGAUGGCGGCUCCUGUUGCCACUCCUGCUCCAGUGCUAGCAGCUCCUGUCACCGCUCCUGCUUCAGUGAUCGUGGCUCCUGUCACCACUCCUGCUCCAGUGAUAGCAGCUCCUAUUGCCACUCCUGCUCCAGUGCUAGCGGCUCCUUUUGCCGCUCCUGCUCCAGUGAUUGCGGCUCCUGUUGCCGCUUCUGCUCCAGUGAUAGAGGCUCCUGUCACCGCUUCUGCUCCAGUGAUCGCAGCUCCUGUUGCCACUCCUGCUCCAGUGCUAGCAGCUCCUGUCAACGCUCCUGCUCUAGUGGUAGUGGCUCCUGUUACCACUCCUGCUCCAGUAAUAGUGGCUCCUGUUACCAUUCCUGCUCCAGUGAUCGUGGCUCUUGAUACCAUUCCUGCUCUGGUGAUCGUGGCUCCUGUUGCCACUCCUGCUCCAGUGCUCGCAGCUCCUGUCACCGCUCCUGCUCCAGUGAUUGCGGCUCCUGUUACCGCUCCUUUUCCAGUGAUAGCAGCUCCUGUUACCGUUCCUGCUCCAGUCAUCGUGGCUCCUGUUACCACUCCUGCUCCAGUGAUCGUGGCUCCUGUCACCGCUCCUGCUCCAGCAAUAGUGGCUCCUGUCACCACUCCUGCUCCAGUGAUCGUGGCUCAUGUUGCUGCUCCUGCUCCAGUGAUAGUGGCUCCUGUCACCACUCUUGCUCCAGUGAUAGUGGCUCCUGUUACCGCUCCUGCUCCAGUGAUCACGGCUUUUGUGACUGCUCCUGCUCCAGUGAUAACGGCUCCUGUCACAGCUCCUGCUCCAGUGAUCGCGGCUCCUGUCACCACUCCUGCUCCAGUGAUCGCGGCUUCUGUCACCGCUCCUGCUCCAGUGAUCGCGGUUCCUGUUGCCACUCCUGCUCCAGUGAUUGCGGCUCCUGUUGCCGCUCCUGCUCCAGUGCUAGCAGCUCCCAUUACUGUUCCUGCUCCAGUGAUCGCGGAUCCUGUCACCGCUCCUGCUCCAGUGAUCGCGGCUCCUGUCACCACUCCUGCUCCAGUGAUCGCGGCUUCUGUCACCGCUCCUGCUCCAGUGAUCGCGGUUCCUGUUGCCACUCCUGCUCCAAUGAUCGCAGCUCCUGUCACCGCUCCUGGUCCACUGAUCGCGGCUUCUGUCACCGCUCCUGCUCCUGUGAUCGCGGCUCCUGUCACCGCUCCUGCCCCAGUGAUUGCGGCUCCUGUCACUGCUCCUGCGAUCACGGCUUCUGUCGUCGCUCCUGCUCCAGUGAUAGCGGCUCCUGUUGCUGCUCCUGCUCCAUUGAAAGUGGCUCCUGUUACCAUUCCUGCUCCAGAGAUCGUGGCUCCUGAUACCAUUCCUGCUCCGGUGAUCUUGGCUCCUGUUGCCACUCCUGCUCCAGUGCUCGCAGCUCCUGUCACCACUCCUGCUCCAGUGAUUGCGGCUCCUGUUACCGCUCCUUUUCCAGUGAUAGCAGCUCCUGUUACCGUUCCUGCUCCAGUGAUAGUGGCUCCUGUUACCACUCCUGCUCCAGAGAUCGUGGCUCCUGUGACCGUUCCUGCUCCAGUGAUAGUGGCUCCUGUUGCCACUCCAGCUCCAGUGAUAGUGGCUCCUUUUACCACUCCUGCUCCAGUGAUCGCAGCACCUGUCAUUACUCCUGCUCCAGUGAUCGCGGCUCCUGUUGCUGCUCCUGCUCCAUUGAUAGUGGCUCCAUUUGCCACUCCUGCUCCAGUGAUAGUGGCUCCAUUUGCCACUCCUGCUCCAGUGAUAGCGGCUCCUAUUGCCACUCCUGCUCCAGUGCUAGCAGCUCCUGUCACCACUCCUACUCCAGUGAUCGCGGCUCCUGUUGCCACUCCUGCUCCAGUGCUAGCAGCUCCUGUCACCGCUCCUGCUUCAGUGAUUGCAGCUCCUGUCACCGCUCCUGCUCCAGUGAUAGUGGCUCCUAUUGCCACUCCUGCUCCAGUGCUAGCGGCUCCUUUUGCCGCUCCUGCUCCAGUGAUUGCGGCUCCUGUUGCCGCUUCUGCUCCAGUGAUAGUGGCUCCUGUCACCACUUCUGCUCCAGUGAUCGCAGCUCCUGUUGCCACUCCUGCUCCAGUGCUAGCAGCUCCUGUCACCGCUCCUGCUCCAGUGGUAGUGGCUCCUGUUACCGCUCCUGCUCCAGUAAUAGUGGCUCCUGUUACCAUUCCUGCUCCAGUGAUCGUGGCUCCUGUUACCACUCCUGCUCCAGUGAUCGUGGCUCCUGUCACCGCUCCUGCUCCAGCAAUAUUGGCUCCUGUCACCACUUCUGCUCCAGUGAUCGUGGCUCAUGUUGCUGCUCCUGCUCCAGUGAUAGUGGCUCCUGUUACCACUCCUGCUCCAGAUUAUUGGUCAAGUACAAUGGGUCACCAUGCUGGAGCCCACAACCCUUUGGGAGGCCCUCCCAAAGCCGAGGUGGACUUUGUAAUGGGUUUGUCCCCAACUAAGGGCAACACUGUCAUCGUGGUCAUUGUAGACCACUUCUCCAAGGACUGUAAGUUUAUGGCACUGCCCAAACGUCUGCCAAGAAGACAGCAGACACUCUUCUCCAACAUGAGAAUUGAACAGUCAGACUAUUUCACUGCUUGCUGGAUAAUCAUUGAGUACAGGGAAGUACCCAGUACCUCAUUGACUGGGAAGGCUACAGGCCUGAAGAAGGGUCAUGGGUUCCUGCCUGCCACAUCUAGGAUCCUGCCACAUUGUCACCGUGCUGCAGGCUUAAGGACUUCUGGAGACACCCCUAGAGGACACAGGCCACCAUCAUGGCGCUUAUAG